AUCAGCAAUCCUUGGGACCUACAACGGGGUACGCAGAGACACCGACGAGUCACUGGUGUCUGACAGUUGUCUUUUCUUGCUGUGGAGUGCUGCUUGGAUUAGUUCGCAACGAUGCUGAAUCCGCUUGCCUGUAUUAGUCUUCUAGUUAUCCUGGCGUGCGGAGUGGGCGCUAUCAGCCUGGAGGAGUGUGCCGCCUAUGACUACGCCAGCCAGUGUUUCCAAACCUACACCAGGAAAGAACAGGCGGCAGUUACACUGUCACAAGUCUGCAACGCUAUCAAGACGUACAUCUCGUGUGUGGAGAAUGUGGCAUGUGAGUGUAACCUGACGCUGAGCUACAACGUGGCUAGCGCCCUCACCUGUAUCGCUGAGUACUACUCCUACAAGGACUGCGAGGCAUAUACCGGUGCAUUAGAGCUGAAUAAAGGGAUCCCUUGUACGAAGUGGGGUGACACGUCAUCGUCUUCCACCGAGGGCGAGCUUCUGGUGUUGUCAACGGCUGUAUCCGAGUAUGUGGUCGCCCUCAACAGGAAUUGCAGCGGCUACCAGACCUGCUACGCCGUUUACGACAACGAUGCCGCGCUCGCCUUGCACAACAGGAACCUCACCCAGCUGUGCUUGGUUAUUGACAUGGCGCUUUUAUGCCUCGAGAACGCAGCUUGUGCCUGUAACGGCAGCAACGACACGAACCUGAUCAACGACAUCAUCUACAACGAUCUUCAGUACAGGGAUACGUGUUUCCUGGUUGUUGGUCACGAUGCGAUUCCAAGAUCACAAGUGAAGUGUACAGAUCAGGGCACCGCAUCUGUCCGGACCGUGUGUGACACCGCCUCACCAACCUACAAGUGCUACCUGGAAUUUUCAGCUCACCUGGUGCGAUAUGGGCGCGGAAGUGACUCACAGUGUCCGGCUUCCAAGACAUACAUCGAGUGUAUAGAGAACAUCGCUUGUCAGUGUGGACUGAUUCGGGACUGGACCGUCUACCAAGCUAUCACGAAUGCCAUUUCCUUCUACAACAAAACGGGAUGUGCAAUUGCGACCAGGGAAGUGGAGGUUGUUCCUGGGAUCAACUGCACAGAUGGUAGUGGGACGACAGACGAGGACGAUCGCCUCAUCAUAGCUUUGGCUGAAGUUCCCUCGGUGGCGCUGUUGGACAGCUCGUGUAGAGGGGUGAAGAAGUGCUACUCGGACCUAGACGCGGCUAAUGGUGUUGCCCUCUUUCAGAAAAGCAGUCGGCAGCUCUGUGCAAACCAGAAAGUAUUUGUUGAGUGCUUGGAGGUGAUGUUUUGUCAGUGUGGUCAGUUCGACUUGGACAACACAACAACCUUGCUGACCUCGCUACAGUCCAAUCACAAGAGUGCCUGCUUCUCUGAUUCGGUCCUCAGAGUUGACUUCAAAUGCAGGUACGGGUACGUUGGGUUCAACUGUACCACAGACAGAGACUGUCAGAUGGUGGACAACUCUGAAUGCUCCUCUGCUGCCAUCUGCGGAUGUAGGAACAACUUCAGUUUCAACGCCAAGAACCAAACAUGUGACACAGCGAAACAAGUGUCUGGGGCCAGAGCGACCACAGAUCCUACCCCGAUGUAUGGACUAGUCAUCUUCCUGCUAAUACGUAUAUUUUGCACUUAGCUGGUAUCAAAAGGAAUUAUACAACUUUGCUGAAAAUAGAAGAAAAUGUUUCGAGUGACAUGUUUCUAUUCUUGUACCAUGUAACAAUUAUUUCCUUCUAACAUUUCAGAGUUUGAUAUGUAUAUACAUGUAUUAGACCUAUCGACGUUUACUAUAAACCUACAUGUACUGUAAAGUGUAUCAUUAUUAAUAUGAGAGGACAUUGUGUUAUCAAGUACAGAGAAAUCCCAUUUGUCACGACACUUCUCUUCCGGAGGAAUACUGUGAGGGGAACAUUUCUCUAAACACAAAGGGAUAUUCCAAUGAUUCCUUAAACUGAAAAUACUCAAAUCUAGAAAUGUACCUUCCGGACUAACUGAGUCUCAUUGUGGAUGCUCACUCUCUAGUAAGUAAAGCGCAAUUUGAAACUGGACUUGUGGGAACUCCUGCAUGUGCCACAAUAUUCUGGACACGGUCUGUCAGUGGGAGUACCAUACAGCAGGGUCCUACAAGACAAAGUCAUGCAGCUAUGGUUAUUCGAGCAACAGAAUAGAAAUAGACUACCCCUGUUUGAAAUCACCCAUAUCAACAAAAUGGUAACGAAUAGUUUUCGUGAGAUAGCUUCAUCCUGAUAACCUUUUCACGUUUGGGGGGACAACUGAUUAUGUUCGUUUUGGUAUCAGUAAAUUGUAAAACAUGUUAUAACCAAGUGUGUAUCUAUUUUUCUAUAAUUAUUUUACUUGAUUAAAAAGAUGUGCAAUGCUA